UUUCAUCUCCCAAAAUUGACGAUUUUGAAAAGUUGUGCGUUCAACUGUCAGAAGACGAAGUCCGUUCAACGUUCGCAAAACUUCCCUGUGUCUUUUUCGUGAGCAAAUUGAAAGUGCUCACUAGUUAGGUUCGCAGAUAUAGUCGAACUGACGUGACUGUCUCGUUCUGUCGCAUUGAACUCACUCAAGUCAGUUAAGCUCUUCUGGAGCAACAUCGCCGUGGCCCACAUCCUCCGAUUCAAACGCGAGUCCCGUGAGCGUCUUCCGCUCACAAAUUUUUCAUCGCUCGGUCAAUUUCGUCACGUCCUUGCGAGAUUCUUGACCGCAGCCAUGUCUGAUGGAGCCGUACCUGAUGAGCCACGAUCACCUCCAUCGUCACAAAAUGAUGCAGGGUUGAAGAAGCUCACACCAUAUUGGUACCCGUAUACGACUAUGGCAAAGGAGCGCUGGCUUGGGCGGGAGAUCUUAGAAAUCGUGUCGACAGAAUUCAGGGAUCGAUCCAUGGAGUACUAUCGAUACGCCCUUGAAUCCGGAGUGACAACAAUUAAUGGCAAGGUCGCCAAACCAGACACAGUAGUGAGGAAUGGCGAUCGUAUAGAGAAUGUUGUGCACCGACAUGAGCCUCCAGUCACAUCUACACCCGUCAAAAUUGUAUUGCAUGACAAGGAGCGCGACUUUUUGGUUGUCGAUAAACCUGGUAGCAUACCAGUACAUGCAUCUGGUCGGUACUACCGCCACAGCUUAGUAGAGAUCCUUCGUAACGAGUUUGGUUUCCCGAAAAUUUAUACGAUCAACCGCUUGGAUAGACUUACAUCUGGUUUGAUGAUCGUACCAUUGAAUGCCGAUCUGGCACGUUCGUUAUCAGGCGAAUUCGUCAAUGGUCUAAUCCGCAAAGAGUAUAUUGCUCGCUGCAAAGGGGAGUUCCCUGUUGAGGAAAUUAUUUGUGAAGAACCCCUCCUGACUGUAGAUCGACAAAUGGGGCUUAAUAUAGUGCACCCAGAAGGAAAGCCAGCGAAGACGAUUUUCAACCGGCUUCAUUACGAUUCCGCGACCAACACGAGUGUGCUUCACUGUGAGACUUUCAGUCGUCCCAUGACAGCACAUCAGAUACGAGUACAUCUACAAUACCUCGGUCAUCCAAUAGCCAAUGACCCUGUUUAUUCUGAGGAACGAAUAUGGGGGGGCGUUGAUGUCAUUCCUUGCGAGGACCGUGCUGCACCAGCGCCACCAGCGCAUCUCCUGAGUGACAAUAGUCCGGAAGCUCUUAACCUGAAACCCUCCGACGACACAGACUCACCAUCAUUGCUUACUUCGGAAGAAGGGAGCGAUGCGAGAGGGAAAUUACUUCCCCGCGAAACUGGACACGAUAUUGGAAUGGGAUCACCUGUCCCAUUGUCGUCUGAAGCAGUGGAGAUUAUAACAAGGCUCCGGAAUAUGAAGGAUGAAGACGAGGAUUGGAGUCGCUGGCGAGAUGUCGUAUUUCGAGCGAAGGGCUCACUCGCACCAAAAGACAUCCCUCGUGCGCCCCUUCCUCCACAGAACAAACGGAAAAAGGGGGGUCCUUCUCUCCCUCAAACACCUCUGCCAGAAGAUAUAUCUUUGGCCCCACAAUUGACUCAAGCGGAAGCUCUAACACGGCUCUCGCAGAUGGAGGCCCCCUCCCCAGCUAUCGACACUGCGACAGGAACGCUGUAUUGUUCAGAGUGCUACUUACCGUUGCAUCCUGAUCCAAAGCCAGAAAAGUUGUACAUUUUUCUGCAUGCCCUUAGAUAUACCACAAGCCUCGGGUGCUUUGAGACGGAUAUACCAGAGUGGGCAGCCGAAGGAUGGAAGUGGGACCAGGCCUAGACAGGUACUACGUUCUGCAAUACUAUGCAUGCAUUUCUCCGCGCGUGUUAUGUACCGAUAUGACGGCACACGCUGUACCAGUGCAACAUGGUCGCUAAUCCAGUUCUAUUCCUGAGCUCACGUCCGUGA